AUGUCAACAAGAGGUGAACAAGGACAACAGUACAGUUGCGAGGCUUCAAUUGAACCGACCUUGUCUUUGGAUGAUGCCUUGGCAUUGGACGGAGGAGGACAGCACAGUCACAAUGGAGUUCCUGGAAGCUUUUCGACUGUUGGUGGGCACAACUCAGACUUUUCUUUCAUCCUUGCCAUCGGAAGCCCUGAUUCUGUAAAGUCAAACGUCACCUUGGACCCUACCAUGAUACGUUUUGAUCAAACGCUAACCGAUGAGUCAUCUCCACUAGAACCACCGGAUGUUGUACAAAGCAACAGCAACGAGAGCUCAGGAAAGGGAAAAGGUCGACUUCACCUUCCCGCCAAUGCCAAUCGAUGGAUGGAUGACUCAGAACAUCCGAAGUCUGUUUGCAGUCGAACGUCGUAUAUGGGAAUGUUGGGAUUGACCAAUCACCUCAUUCCAAUUCAAGAUACAGACGACGAGCAUGAAGUGGUAUCCCACGAUUCCAGCGACUUUGAGGCAGGUAGCUUUUCCACUUCUGAAAGUUUUGCUGUGUCUUACAAUGAUGAACCUGCUCCAGCUCCAGCUCCACCUGCCGAUCAUUAUCAUGGCAGUCCCAAACCAAUCAGUAAGAACCCUAAGCGACCAAUCAACAGAGAUGAAAGCAACUGUCAUAUUGAGAGGAGUCCAGGGGAUAUGAUGGGUCUCACGCUCAAAAUGCAACAGCUCAAUGGAGUUGGCUCUCUACCACUCGGGAAUGAUGAGGAUGAUGACGACGAUGAUAUCCAAUACAAUCCAGGUGGUCCAAGACCAGCGUAUCUGGAUAGCUUACAUAGUUUGAACACUCUCUUUAGUGAGGACAACUUUCGAUGCAAUACGACGGAUCACACCACCAGUACAUUCAGCUCGGUCGACUGA